UACAUUACUAACAUCUUUAUUAAGUUAUCGCAUCUCUGCUACGGACUGACCCUGCAGAAAAAAAUGAAUGUGUCUAAUGCUAUUAUAUAGGUUCGCAAAACAGCUUUAUACACUAAUAACUGCUAUAAAUUAUAACUAUGACUAUGACUAUGAACUAUAAACAAUGGACCGACUAUAAUACAUCGUUGACUAUACAACCUGUAGCCGUACAGGCAAAACAUCGUUCUGGGUAUGACCUAGAUAGGGUGAGGGAAGUAGGUGGAUGGGGUAUACAGAAUAAGUCGCGGUUCAUUAACAAUGAGAAGGAAUUUGAUAGACUAUCAAUUAUAAAGCCAGGGGAAACGCUGGAGCAAUGGAAGGCACGUGUAAUGGAAGAGGUCAAAAUCCUAAUAUCGCGGAAGAGUCAUAGCAUAUACCAUAGAUUCUGUCUACAUGCGAGCUCUGGUGACGUCGAGUCGGAUGCCAGUUAUUCUGAUUAUAAACGUCCUGAGACACACAGUAGCCGUGCGGUUAUCUGCUUUAAGUGCUGGGAAAUAUUCCGGCCUAAUGAUGAGACUUGUGGGAGGACAGCUAAAGACCUCAUGCAAGAACAUUGGGAAAAUGAAUGUGGCAGGAUUAGGAUUAACUACUGCGAUCCACUCGUACUCAAGAACUUCUUCAACUCCAUGCAUAAUGAUGGUUUGCGCAGAAGACGGCAAGUACAAUAAACCGGGGACUAUAUAUUCUAACUUUUUUACGACUGCCCAACCCGAGAGAGAGAGAGAGAGUACCAGAGUCAAGAGGCGGUCUGCAAGAUCGUGAACUUUUCUAAGUCCUGUUGGUUAAGUUCUUGCGCCGAGUUGGCAUCUUGUACACUGUGGUUGGACAUCACGGUCCCUGAUCCCAGUCCCGGUGGCAGGACAAAAAAGAGGGAUUC